CCAAACUCUUCAUUCCAUCUGAAACAGUACCAUCAAAAUGUUUUCCCGUGUGGGACGUCUCACAACUUUUGGUGCCCAGGCUGUGUCAAAUUGUCCGUUCCGCAGAGAUAACAUCUAUCAGCAGCCGUUGAAGGUAACCGCACCGAUCAAUGACCAGCUGACCAGUUUUGCGCACAGCUUCUCCGAUUCAGUGAGGCAUAGAACGACCAGCUUCGGAAAUGAUCCAUUCCUCGGCGUACCCAUGGACGACGAUGAAGUCAUCAAAGAGCUCGAGCUACUGGACCUCGACUCAUGGCACACUAAGCCUCGGGCUCCGUGUCCUGCACCAUCAGACGAGCUGGAACUCGAUCAGUUCUGGGAGGGAAAAAACGUGACGGUUUGCGGCAGAGAUCCUAGAUUGGGAAAAUCAACUGAUUGUUUUGAGCUGGAAGCAUGGCGACCGACCGACUCAUGGCAGAAUGGUAGCAGUGUUGGACAUCCACAUGGUCAUCAGCAACAACAGCAGACAUGUCAGCAGCCGCCCACGCAUUCAAGUACAACAGAAACAAUGCAUGAUUUCUCCAAUUUUGGAGAUAAUAUGGGCUCCCCGCUCUUCCAAUCACCAUCAAAAUCGGCGAUCGAUCAGCUAACGGGAACUUCCCGAAUAGAUGAGUACGGAAUGCCACCACAAGAUCGAAAAUUGUCAAAGUUCGAAAUGGACAUUGAGCAAGAAUCGAAAGCUGUCGAUUGGGAGGCAUGGAAUCACUACUUGGAGAGCGACGACGACGUUUUUAAGCGUCCAGAAGCAUUUUUCAAGGAAGAACCCAUGAUAAUGACGUCAUCCGAUUCGUUGAUGACUUCGUCAACUUCAUCUCCAGAUUCUGGAAUAAGCCUCUAUGAUCCGAUGAUUCCACCACCAUCAUCUCACUUUCCCAGCUUCAACCUGAGCUCUUCAUCAUCAGCGUCGAAUCUUUUGAGACUGUCAACUCCAUCAGCUCCAAUGCAGCAAGAACAUCGAGCACCUGUCAGAAUGCACCAUGAUGUUGAUCUUUUCUCUUCUGGACCUCUUCUUUGUGUUCCGAAACAAGAAGACGUUUUCGACGACUUUAUCCAGCAGAGAGAUGAUGACGAUGAAGACUAUAUUCCAGCAUCUGAAGCCAGAAGAACAAGUUCACGUCUCAAUCGGAAAUCUGCUACGCCAACUUAUCUUCGGCGUCGUGAUUCUGAACGUUCGUGGACGCCAGCUUCCGAUGACUAUUUUCCAGAAGAACAUCAGAAGUUUAAGAAACGUGGAGUUGUUCUGAAGCCUUCAGUCGACGAGGAAACCGAUCGAAGACGAAUGUUGAAUAGAAUAGCAGCAGUUCGGUAUAGAGAGAAGAAACGAGCCGAGAAGAAGGGAAGAAAAAUGGAGUUCCAAGAAGUAGCUGAUCGUAAUCGAAUUCUUCUUCAAAAAGAACGUCAACUAAAGCGUGAGAUCAACUCGAUGAAAAAGGAGCUUCGUAAAAUGGGCGCCAUUAUUCAAUAAUCAGAAUUCGAAACAAUUGUUCUUUUUUUCUGUUCUUUUCAGUUUUGCUAACUUUUUUUUUGGUUACAUAGUUUUUCUCCCUUUGUUCACCCAACUGUAGAUCAUUUUUCAUAGAACCUUUCCCCCAUCUUUUUUUUCUCUCAAAAACUGCCCAUUUCUUGUAUUUUUGUUACGGGUAUUCGAUCCCAAAUUUCCCAUCCAAUUUCAACUCCUCAAAUCUAAACUGCUCACAUCUCAAUCAGAAAAUCAACUCAAAAUGAAUGAUAAUUUU